UGGAUGACCGCUUCAACCUUCUCUUGUUUGACUCCGCCCGGCCUUGCUCUGGCACCUCCCCUCUAGCCUUUCUACCUUUCUACCACUGUUUCCGUACACUUGGACCUGCUGCUGCCACCCUGGACUAUUAUAAGCUACCAUAGUCUUUUUUGGAAAUACUUAUCAUUCCUCGGUCGCUGCCGUCGUCAUCCGUCCCUGCAUCAGCACCCUUGAUUGACAGCCCUACCAGCCAGCCUAGAACCUGGAAGCCGCCAUCACUUUCUACUUCGCACUACUGCCGCUGAGGUGUGAUCUGUUCUUGAAAACCUCGGGUUUGCCAUAUAUAUUCGAGAGCCUACAUCCCCGCUUCAAUCUACACCCCUCACCCCCUCACCUCACUCAUUCACCCCCCAAGCCUCGGCUCGCCGCACCCCAAGACCAAACCACAUCGGCCGACUCUCGAGCAAUACAUGGCUGACGGAGCCAUCACGCGACACACUGCAUCUACAUGAAUUGCCAAAGGGCGAAAGGGUGCUCAAUCGCUAACAGUAUUGAGCUUACCUUUGAGCCUCCGGUGUCUGCAAAAGACUUGAUGAUCGACAAUGAGUCUUCGGUAGAGGCUCAGGAGGUUGUCGCCUUGGACGCCCACCGCGAUGCGAGACAGCUAGUGCGUCUUGUGCAGUGCCCGCGGUGCUCUCGUCCUCUCAGCACCCCGGUCACACUGCCAUGCAGUCACACUGUCUGUCGCAGUUGCCUACCCGCGCCCCAACCGCGUGCGAAUAUAUCAUAUCCGAAUACACCAGAGCGACUGACUGGUAUCGCAUGUCCGCUGCGUGGCUGUGGGGCCGAGCACGCGGCGGCAGAGUGCUCUGUGGAUGUGACGUUGGCCAAGUUGAUGGAACUGAUCAAGGCGGAGAUAGCGCAGCACAAACCAGCUACGGAAGAUACUCCGACACUUGUCCAAGAGACCCUGCAGAAUAACGACACGUUCACGGAAGAGAAGGAGAUAGUAUAUGAAAAGGGUCAUCAGCAGGUGCUGCACGGUGGACGCUUGGUGUCGACAUUCACCAUGGCCCAAACAGGCGAGCUUCGCUACAGCUCCGAAACAGAAUAUCGGACCAUGUCUUCAAAUGGAGACGACUACGGGAAACUGGACAUCGCCCUCCUCGAGCGUCUGCGCGACGUUGCACUUAAAGAGAUGGAUUGCCUGGUCUGCUACAAUCUAAUGUUGGAUCCGAUGACUACCACGUGUGGCCACACUUUCUGUCGUCGCUGUCUCGCGCGCGCUAUGGAUCACAGUAGCAUAUGUCCUUUCUGCCGAAGGGGAUUGCAUGUGCCUGCUUCACUCCAGAAUCAAUCCAGCAAUUCCACACUCAACUCCAUUCUGAACGCAUUAUGUCCAGAUCUUGUCACUGCGCGUGCCGCAGCUCUGAGAGCAGAAGAACAGGCUGGAGACGACGUCCUUAGCACCCCGUUAUUCAUUUGCACAUUGUCACUCCCGGCGAUGCCUACCUUCCUCCACGUCUUCGAACCUCGGUACCGACUGAUGAUGCGACGCGUAAUCGAAGGCAACAGGCAAUUCGGCAUGGUCAUGUACAACCGUACACACGCUGCACAAGGCGAUCUUGGUGCGACCCAGUUCCUGGAAUACGGAACUCUACUCGAGAUUGUCAACUACGAACUCCUCCGCGACGGACGCAGUUUCAUCGAGACACGAGGUGUAGGCCGCUUCCAGGUCAAGGCACAUGGCAUGCUAGACGGGUACAAUGUCAGCCGUAUUGAGCGCGUGGAGGAUGUUUCCCUCGCGGAAGAAGGAGCCCUGGAGCAGCGUGAGACAACCAUGGCACGAGAUUAUGCCGAAGCAUUCUUCCGCGCAAAUCCGCGGACUCAACUGCCUACCAACGUAGCUCUGGAGACCCUGUCAACACAACAAUUGCUCGAUGCGUGCACCGCCUUCGUUCGAGAGAUGAGAGAGUCCAGCGCACCAUGGCUUCGCGAACGCAUCAUCCAGGUCUAUGGCGAACCACCUGAGGAUCCCGCAAUAUUCCCGUAUUGGUUCGCGUCUGUGGUACCAAUCCUAGAAGAGGAAAAGUAUCUACUAUUACAAACCACGCGUGUCCGCGAGCGCUUGAAGAUUGUUUACUCGUGGAUCGGAAGGAUUCGUGGGCAGCGAUUGUCUUCGGGCAACGGUUGCAGCAUCCUUUGACUCCUAGUGACUCUCGUCACUAUUGGCGUCGCCCUCCUAGCGACACCCACCCUUACAUCACCCUUCACCGAACCAUGAACGUCAUGUCUCCUCUUUCACACCUUCCAUUCGGCACGAUUUUGUCCACGGCCACAACCACCUUCUCACAUGUCCAUUUUGUAGCAUUCUGUAUCCUUUACUCUACCACGUGUUCUGCUUUUUAUUCACUUCUCCAAUCAUACCCCCUUUCAGGAGGACCGGAGCUAGCCGGUCCAUGUUCAUGCUUUUUAGAUCCAGGUACUAUCCUGGUUGUGGGCUACUUGUUCUUUGUUAAUGAGCCUGCCAAGUUUCGCAAAAAGAAAAAGUGGCAUGAAUAACUGCGGGAAUUUUUGCAUGAGUGGAGUUUAUAUCCUUGGUCGGGGUUUUUUUUUU